AUAGGAUUCUGAUCUCUCUUUCUAGCUAGCACUCAAUUUAUAUAUAUCACCGUAGACUGUUCCUACACUAGAACUUUUCCUUUCUCCCAUUACUCACAUUGCAAUUUGCAUGAUAGUUUACAUAUAGCUGGGCAUAAAUUUAGAGAAUUUGAUUCAACUUGAUAAGGAUGGAAUUGGGCAUCCAGAAAAUCGAAGCCAUCCUUAGGCUUUGUGCAGUAUUGAUAUUGGUUUUGACGGUUUGUUUAGUUGCCUUCGACUCUCAAACGAAGGUCAUCUUCUAUAUAGAAAAGAAAGCUUCCUUCAAGAAUUUGCGUGCUCUUGUAGGGUUGGUGUAUAUCACUUCUUUGGCUGCUGCUUAUAACCUACUCCAACUAAGCUGUUAUUCAUUCUCAGCCUGCUGCAAAGGAAUCUCAGUGCAAUCUUACACAUAUCUAGCUUGGCUUCGUUAUGUUUUGGAUCAGGCAGCAGUUUACGUAGUGUUUGCUGGAAACUUGGCGGCUUUUGAGCAUGCACUUUUGGUUGUAACUGGAGAAGAGAACUUCCAAUGGCUGAAGUGGUGCAAUAAAUAUACUAGAUUCUGCUUCCAAAUCGGAGGUUCGCUGCUCUGCGGUUGUGUAGCAAGUCUCAUAAUGUUUUUCAUCGCUUCCAUUUCCGCAUUCAACUUGUUCAGGCUUUAUUCCCCCAAGAAGUUCCUGCUCUUGAAGGCCAAAUGUUAAGCUAAAUAUUUUGGCCCUGAUAUUUAAUGAUAUUCAAUGCCACUUUGAAUUGAAUAUUAUUAUUUAUGAAAGAAAAAAGUACCGACAUAAAAGGACGAAGAAA